AUGUCUGUGUCGUACUGCAAGGAUUAUGGCAAAGAUCGGGUGAUUAUGCUAACGAAGGAAGAUUACGAAAAGCCUUUGGCUGAGAAUUUUCCGGCUCUUUCUGUUUCACUAGACGAUGACGAUUUCGCUCAAGGUCCGAUCUUGCCGAACGGCGAAAUCAACUGGGGUUGUCCUUGUAUGGGUGGCAUGGUAGCUGGCCCCUGUGGCUACGAGUUUCGUCAGGCCUUCAGCUGUUUCCAUUACAGUAAAGAAGAUCCCAAGGGCUCAGAAUGCAUGAAGCAAUUCGCAGACAUGCACACCUGCAUCACCAAAUAUCCGAGUCUCUACGGUAACUGGUCAAAAGAAAAGUCCAAUGGCGAUCUGUCAGAAAACGCGGGCAGUAUUGACGAGCAGAACGCGGUGACCGCCAAACUUUUGGACUCCGUUGACAACGCGAAGAGUGCAGAUGCAGAAUGA